AUUGUCCUCGGACGAGCACGCACUACGAUUGGCGAAAGAACUCCAAUUGAUGAAGGACAAAAAUAAGUUUCCUGAGGCUUCUUUUUCCGAGCAAGAAGGAAUUCCGAUGACCGUAGCAGAUUUGGAUGAACUGAAUGGCCGCGCGACAACAGACAGCAUGUUUGCUGGGUUGCUCGCUGUUCGCUUGGUCGGUGCAGAUAACCUGAUAAAGAUGAGCGUAACCGGUCAGGCGUGCCAUCGGUACGCCAAUAUGAAAAAAGAAGACGGAACUCGUUUGUACCCAACCCCAAAAAAACUGGACCCCAACGUGUUGCAGUUUAUCUGUAACAAAAUCGCAGAACGUACUGCCAUCCGUGUUGGUUUACAAAACGUACUUACAAUUCGGCAAUAUCAGAAAUAAAAAAUAAAAACAUCAACAUUUUAAUUUUUUAAUUUAAUUUUAUUUUUUGUGGGAAAGAAUUGGAACUAUAUUGGUUAUGGUACAGGGAAGCUCUUUUUAAAAAUAUUUUACAAUAUGCGGAACGUAUGAUUGAGCGUUAUUUUUACUAAAAACUACUAUAAGCAAACUAUAUCCAUUGAAGUUGAUGAAAUCUAUGAUUUUGUAUUCCAACGUAGCUAGAACAUUCAGGUAGAUUGUUUUGCUCGCCAAAAGUGGAUGAUAUUUUAACCGUAUCCAAUAAUGUAGCAUGAAAUAUUUGUUCGAAAAAAUCGCUCUUUUUGAAUGGUAAACAUGCUUAACAGCCCUUUCCCCAUAUGGUACUUUAACAGAUAAUCAUAAUACAGAUUGUUAAUAUGGUCUGUGUUAUUGUACAUAUACUGUUCACUUUA